AUGGUAGUGCCCUUAACGUGUGUACACUCUUUAACGAGAAAGGAAAGUAAUCCUCGCAACAAAUGCGUUCUUCAACCAGGUCACAGUCUCAUGGACUGGAUCAGGCUGGGAAAUUCGGGGAAAGACUUGAACGGAAUCAGCGGCCGCAUCAGACCCGUUACACCCACGGAACUGUCGACAUACAGUACACAGCAAGACGCGUGGCUCGCAAUUAGGGGAAGAGUUUAUAAUAUAACAUUUUAUUUACCCUACCAUCCUGGAGGUCCUGAAGAAUUAAUGCGUGGCGCUGGUAUUGUUGCAACAGAACUCUUUGAUAAAGUUCAUCCAUGGGUCAUUUACGAUUCACUCUUAGCAAAGUGCUUAGUGGUGCCCCUUCGAGCUGAUAGACCUUAUGCUGAGGAACUUCUUGACAUCACAAAUGCAUCUCCAAAAUCUGAACUUCUUAGAGAACCGUCAAAAGCCCAAGAACUCGUUAGAAAAUCAAUGGAAAAUUUAGCAAACUGUAUAACACCUGUAAGGAAAAAGAUUACUACUAAAAGCGACCACAACGUUAAAGGAAAUCCUCCAAGCAAAAUCAUGCAAUGUUUAACACAAGUUCAAGUGUUCUGCCUGUGUCAAUAA